AAGCGCGUGCACGUCGUUCACCUGCUCGUUACGAACCGAGAGGUUAGAGCGAUGCUCUGACGUCGGAGCCACCACCCGCUUUCGUUGGGAAUCGACUCGGGUGGAACCGGGACGAACCGGGUCGCGGAGGAAUUGCCCCUUCGAGAAAAAAGAACGAGAAAACGUUGAACCGCGUGCACGAGGGCCCCCCCGUCACUGUACCGGGGGAACUAUGGAGCCCGGCGCCGGAGUGAGGGACAAGUUUUUCAUCGUGGUCCGCGGCAAGUCGAGGAAAGGCUUCUCCCGAGGGUGCGUGGGCCGCGUGGAGGCGGAGAAGCAGCUCGGGGAGCUGACGGGGCUGCUGUACGGCGACGGCAGCCCCAAGAGCGGAGGCACCGUGAGACGGGAGGACACGUACCCGCUGACCCGACACCAGGCGCAGCUGCUGCUCUUCGUCUCCCCGGCGAGCAAACGCCUGGAGCUGCUGUGCAACCCGCAGCUGUUCGCCGCCGUGUGCGAGCUGUCUCCGGGUGACCUGGUGGUGGUGAAGCACAAGAAGGGCCACUUGCCCGCGCUGGUGAAGAACCUCAUGCAGAUUGGGAGCAAGAAGGACAAGGACGACCAGCAGAUUGGGAGGAAGGAGGACAAAGACGACCUGCACUUGAUCGGCUUUGAAGUGGAGUUUGUGGACAGUGAUCCCAAGAAGCCUGCUCCUCUCCCCCUGUUCAGUGCGGCAGACAUCAUCCAGGUGAUCCCGUCCCACUCGGUUCCCCAUGGUCUGCAAGGGAAAGACGGACAAUCUGGGAGUCUAAACCGAAAAGGGGUGACGCGCUUCAACUCCAUGCCGAAUAUAGAAUCUCAUCCACGGCAAGUUGGAGAGAACCGCACAGAGCCGAGUGUCAUUCAGAGCCAACGUUCAAGCACAUCUCAUGGGUCUUUGGAGGUGGGCUCCAUGGUGGAGGUGGUGUCCAACACAGGCGUCACGGUGUACGGGGUCGUCCAGUGGUUGGGGGCCCCACAAGGGAAGACUGAUAAAUGGGCUGGGAUUGAAUUGGACUAUGAUGUGAACGGCUGCUCUGAUGGGAGGCACGGAGGCCGGAGGUAUUUCACCUGCAAAGGGGGCAGGGCGUUGUUUGUUCCCGUCAAGAAGUGCCACCCCGACGGCAGGUUCGUCUGCACGUCUCCAGGAAAGAAGAGCCUCGACCCCGUCGACACACUUCCAGUUCCCCCGUUUGAGGAGUCGGAGGAGGAUGCGCCUCCUAUUCCUGAAUCCGAGGCCUUGUCUUUGUUAGUGGGACGAAUGAAAGGGAUUCAGGGUCACAUCAACUCCUGUUACCUGGAUGCCACGCUCUUCAGUUUGUUCGGCUCAUCCGUGAUCCUGGACAACAUCUGCAGAAGACCUGCUGACACGGAGGAACCCGUAACCUGCACUCUAAGAAAAAUAGUCAACCGCCUGCGCAGACAAGGGUUCGUGCCUGCAGAGAGCGUGAUGGAUUUCCGCAAACAGCUUGGCUGCGACACCUUCCGAACAGAGGAGAAAGACCCAGAGGAGUUCAUCACGGUCCUCUUUCAGAAAGUGCUUUGCGUGGAGCCGCUGCUGAAGCUCCGAUCAGGACAAGAAACGUGUCAGGGUGCCUACACCUUCCAGAUCUUUCUGGAAAAAGAACAGAUGGGACCGAUGCCCACCGUCCAACAGCUGCUGGACACGUCCUGCCUGUCAGGUGACCUCAAGUUUGAAGAGACGCCGUCCUGUCUAAUGGUUCAGAUGCCGAGGUUUGGAAACAAGUAUAAGAUGUUUCCUCACAUAAUUCCCUCCACUGAGCUUGACAUCACAGAUCUCCUAUACAACUCUCCAAGGGAAUGCUUCGUCUGUGGGCAUCUGGCAGAGUACGAGUGUCUUCAGUGUCUACCAGAUCGCAAACUGCAGCCAGGGAGGAUAAAACAGUACUGCUCUACCUGCAACGCACAGGUGCACACCCAUCCCUCACGGCAGGGUCACUCCGCCAAAGCUCUAGCGGUACCAGCUGAUGCCGCCUCUGGUUCCCCCGUGCGCAGACACACCAUGCAGCUGUUUGCCGUGCUCUGCAUUCACACCAGCCACUACGUGUCCUUUGUCAAAUGCGGCCCUGAUGCUCACUCCUGGCUCUUCUUUGACAGCAUGGCAGACCGAUGCGGUGACGAUCAACGUGGCUACAGCAUUCCCGUGAUCCGAGCUUGUCCGGAGUUGGGCGACUUCCUGUCCCGGCCGGAGGAGGAGCUGGCUUGUUCUAACCCCUCCCAGGCGUCUGAGCUGGUGCGCAGGCUGUUGUGUGACUCUUACAUGUUUUUAUACCAAAACCCAGCCGCACCACUUUUGAAGCCGAACCAGCAGGAGUCUUAGACGCCUGUGAGGCCGAGGACACGGCGUUCCAAUAACAGCGCCUUAAUAACCUUGCAUCUGUGCGUAAUCAACUGGAUUCUGUGUUUGUUAUUAGAAACGGUGGCUUCUAACAUCAUGGAGGAAGAGAAACUGACAAUGAAUGACUAGUUAAAGUUGAUGUAGAUAUGUAAGGAGGGAGAGAAUGUCAGUCGGUGCGGAGACUAGAUGCCUCCCUCCCCUCUCAGUGUGUGUGUGUGUGUGUGUGAGACAGAGAUGCACUUCCUCCUAAAUUGUAAAACAUUUAAUGAAAUAAGAAACAAUUAUUUUUGACAAAUUUACCUCCUGUGAUGUCAUAUUUUCAAAGAGGUUAACGACCUCUCCUAAUUGAAAAUACUCCGAUCAGACGGAGACGAGGAAUAUCUUUCUGCCCGAUGUGCAUCAACAUGCCUGAGGGACGGGGAAUGACCUUGACACGCGUAAUUGUAUCACUGUACAUAUCUUGUUAUUAUACAACAAUCAUAUCGUGUUUUUAAUAUUAUUGUACUUUUAAUUUCGAUGUUUUGGGAACGUUGUUGUUGUUUUUUUACUUUCAUGCCAAUAAAGCCACAUUGACUUGAA